CCUGAAGCAAUAUAAGAUCAUUACCUCUCUUCAUAUUUUUGUUACCUGCAAAAAGAGGCUGCCCCCACCUCACCACAACCUCCUUUCAGGUAGUUGUAGAGAGCGGUAUGGUCUUCCCUGAGCCUCCUCUUCUCCAGACUGAACAAUUCCGGUUCCUUCAGCCACUCCUUGUAUGAUGUGUGCUCCAGACCCUCCAUGAGCUUUGUUGCCCGUCUUUGACAUGCUCCAAAUUGUGCAGAUAUGCAGAGUGUUGGAAACUGAUAUGAACAGGUCUACAGCUUGCUUGCUACAGAUGUGUGGGCUGGUUGUGACUUCUUUAAACACCCGAACUAAACAAAACAGAGCAUUUAUUUACUCCUCCAAUAAAUAAAUAGGUAUGAUCCCUCCUUAGCAGGCUGAUCCCACUUCUGCACAUAAACUAUUGGAUUGGGAAAAGCAGGGAGGGUGAGCAUCCUGACUGGGGACAGGUCCCGAAGAUGGGGGAGAUGUAGUGGAGGCAUGCAGGGGAAACAGUGAUGACAGUGAGCAGCCAUGGACAGAGAGGCAGCACAUCUCCCAGAUAGCAUCCAUCUCUGAAUCCAACUCAGUUUGUGACAGGCAGUGGUGGUGGGCCUGAGCGAGGGCCAAGUGAAUCUGUUACGGGUUCUAGUUCUGACCUCACUGGGUUCGAAACAGCCUCCUGCAUCUGCAUGGGCACAGCUUCUCUGCUCUGACUUCCCAGGGAUACUAAUCUGGCAUUAACACAUCAAACUAGCAGGGAUCUCUUCUGGCCAGGGACAAGACUGCUGGAUGGCAUCGGCACUGAUUACAAAAGUGCAUUAUCUGUUCUCAGGGACUGUCUUCUUAGAAAGGAUUGUGGAUGCUUAUCAGGAGUCGUAUUUCUGGGGACUAUGUCAUUCCAUUUGCACAGCAUCUCGCAUAAUUGCAAUCUUCUUUCCAACUCUUGUUCCUUUUAUUCCGUUUUAUGUGGCUGAUGGCCGUCAUUAGUUGGCACGCAUCUGCAAGCUUUAAAAGGGAUCGUAUUUAUUCCAAACGGCACCGAUGACCUAAAUAAUGCAUGAGACGCGUCCCUGAGCGUUCAUCAGCGACGGCCAUAACCCAGCCCUCUUGUUUCACUGUACAUGUUGAUGCAACUUAAAGACGAUGUGUAUCAACAUGCAUUACAGCGCUGAUGUACUUAAGCGCUUUGGAAGCAGCGUCAGAUGGGUGCCAGCACGCCCACCAACGACAGCUGUGGAAACCACGGCCCGGUGGGACACUGUUAGGUCGGUACCUGCCCCAGCCUGGCCCGGCAGGUGGUGAGGGCGGGCGGGAGGCGGCGCCGGGCCCGGUGGGCUCCGCCAGGCGGGACCUCGCUCUUCUGUCGCUGCGGCGAGGGGAGCAGCUCGCCGCGGCGGGCCGCCUUCUCUCAGAGUUACAGGAAAAAGCGUAGCCGUGCCGCACCCGCUGACUUCCUAUUGUGUGAGAUCCCUUCGCCGCCUGUAGCAGAGCCGGCUCCGCCGCGGUAGGUCCCGGCGCUUUCGGCGGGAGGAGCCGUCCCGGCGCUGCGGCGAUGGCGGUUGUUUCUCUGACGCCCCUGGACGUGAGAGCUGAGAGUUGUGGCUGAGCUGCCGGCUUGCUUGCUCUGGGGAAGAACGCGUUACGCUCGGCAGUGGCUUUACCCGGGGUGUUUCGGGCUGGUGGAUACACGGCCCCGCGCACGCUGUGUGCGCGCACGCUUUGUGCCCCGAGAGCCGUCGUCGUUUCCUGUUACGGAUCUGUCACAGUGUUUCCUGCCCAUACUUAUUGAAAAGGAAAUGUUCAACUGUUGGAUUUGGAUAUUUAUCUUGCUCUGUAGAAGGUCUAUAGCAGAUGAAAAUUCUACUAGAGAUGCUGACAUUUUUCCUUCUUCUCCUGAAAUUGAAAGAGGAUCCACCCUGAAACUAUUCUGUGUUCUUGGAAAACACUACACACCUCACAGGAACGCAAGCCACAUCAUCUGGAAAUUGAAUCGUGAAUUAAUUGCUCAGGAAAACUAUAAGAUUGUCAAUGAGACUGUAUCUAGUAUAACUAUCAGUAAUUUCACUCACAGCAAAGCACAUGUGAAGUGCUUCAUUAAGUACUUGGGGAAGGAACAACUUCUGGUUCACACUGAAGUUAAGUCUGGAUUUCCACCAGGCACACCAAGAAAUAUUUCCUGCAUUUACGAUGUUGAUAUUAAGCUUACCUGUAACUGGGCUUCAGGAAGAGAAACAAAUCUUGCAACAAGUUAUACUCUUUACAGAAAAAUUAUGAGUGUACAAGGUCCAAUUAUGCAGGAGCUGAAGAUCUCCGUCUGUCAAAGCAAAACUGAGUCAUGUUCAUUUCAUUACCCAAAUAUUCCGUUUGGUGAUAAUCUUUGUUUUCAAGUGAAAGCUGAAAAUGUUUUGGGUGAAGCCUCAUCAGAUUGUGUUCCUAUAAAUAUGGAAGAAAUAGGUAAUUAAAAAAGAGUUAAAUAAAAACAGAAACGUAGUAUAUGUUGAACUAAUGGCAUCUUCCCCAUUUAUUUUUCCUUUUCUGUAAAUACAGC